AUGAACUCGUCACCGGUGGGCUCAUCCACCCCCUCUACUACGCCUGCGACAUCGACUAUAGAGGCAGAUGCGCCCCCAGUACCGGCGCAAAGCACUCGGCCUCAGCGACCUACCGCAGAACCUGUCAAGCGCUACAGCAUGAAUGGCCUGUCCACAACACCUACCAACGGCUCUGGCGUGCACAACUCGUUCAAUCGAUCCUCUCUCCUCGCACCGCGCGUUAUUUCCGUAUCAGAUAACUCUUGGGUUCAUCAGCAGGUUUUGCUGGUAUUCGGGCAAGUUGGCGAACCAUCUUCCCAACCACUAGAUGGCACCAUCACCGUCAACCACCACCAAGGUCGGUUUCCAGCCACCUGCUGGCCAGUAAGGGACUCGUACUUCAAAGCAUUGGUCCAUUUGGAGCCAGGGUGGAACCGAGUUCGUUUUGACUUCUCGUCGCCGAAAGUCUCGUCCGGCAACCAGUCCAUCUCCCCACACGCAACGUUCGUGAACAUCAACUACCUCCCUCUUACACAUGCGCCGCCUCUUCAGCUCGCCAUCAUUCUCGGAAGCGACUCGCCUGGCACAUAUGAUGCACCGCCGUCGCGCAUGCAGACCGAAGGAAACGGGCUGGAUCUUGCGGUCAAGAAGUUCCGUAUGGCAGCGUAUCUGUGGCAAGCUUUUACAGGCGAACAAAUGAAGCGCCAUGGCUUCGGUCGACGAUGCUUCCGCUUGGAAGAUUCGUGGGAGCCGGGUACGAUCAGCUUCCAAGACUGGGAGUCUGGCCACUUCCGCACACAGGCAAAGGUUCACAUCAUACGAUCGAAGAAGACUGUCGCCGAGAUCAGAGACCUCGAUCGAGCACAACAGUAUGGUCCGGGAAUGAAGAAGGGCGAGCUCUUUGGCAUUGCCGCAGACGCAGUCAAGGACUACUUUCACAUUACACCGGGUCAAAAGCUUUACGUUUCUUGCAUGUUCAUCGAUUCGACGUGGGACGCCAAGGAGCAGGUCAUCCGUGGGCAUGCAGCGCUUGGUGGAGGAGUGCCAGACUUGCAGCUCGGCAUCUUUGGGUCACAAGCGCUACACAGCUACCCGUCCAGUAUCGAGGAGGUUACUCAAGCAUUUGAAGAUUGCACGCGAACAGACACCAACUUCGUAGCAAAUGACUGCAACGAAUCUGGCAGCAACUGGGAGGCCGCCAAUAUCGGUAUUGGCGCCCACCUUCACGAGACCGGACACUUAUUCGGCUGCCCGCAUCAGGAGUCUGGUGUUAUGUUGAGAGACUAUGUCACACUGAACCGCACAUUCAUUUGCCGCGAGCCUUACUCAACUCGCACGAAGUCGCCUGGACAGCGGCUGGUGCUACCCGAAGAUGAGUGUAAAUGGCACAGGCUGGAUGUGCUGCGCUUUAGAUUCCAUCCAUGCUUCCAGAUCCCGAUCGAUAGAGCCGAUGCUAACAAUGACGGGAGCGUGCAGGUCUGGACCGUUGAUCCCGGCCAGGGCGGUGUGAUUGCAACCUCAAAAUCUGGCAUUGCCUGGGUCGAGCUCUACACAGAAGGUGACGAUGUGUGCAGAUUCUGGCGAGAGUGGCCAGAAGUCGAACUCCAAUACCCUCGUCAGGUCUCUCUGGACGAGAACGAGCUGCGUUCAGUGCUUCCAAAAGAAAAGCAGAAGUCGAAGCUGAAAGUUGAAGUUUACUCUGCAGGAGGUGGAAAGCAUGUUAUCGAAGACUUCAGCCAGCUCGCGAACCAGAAACUCGCGCGCGUGAAGAUUCCCGACGGCCGCUGGGGCUACCGCGGCAGCAAAUUGGGUUACUCUCAAAUGGAAGGAUCGCAACCAAUGGAGAUCAUCCUUGAGAGCGCUCACAUCCAGACGAAACUCUUGCUCGGUAUCAAAGUAUGGUCUGGGCUGUGCGUUGACGGUCUGGAGUUCUACUACGAAGAUUCAACAAGCCAGGUUUUCGGCAAGCGAGGAGGUCAUGCAACCGACUUCCCACUGGACACACGGAAAGGCGAACUGCUACUUGGUUUCGCUUUGCGAGCAGGACUCUGGAUUGAUGGCAUCCAAAUCCUGACCAGUCUGGGCAGGUCAAGUGAGUGGUUUGGCAACGCCACUGGCGGGAGCGGGUAUGUUGUUCCUUUAUGUGUGUAUUCUCGAUAUGUGGCUAACAGAACCAGACACACUCUCAUUCCUCCCCGUGGCUACACGAUUGGUGGCAUCUCCGGGUCCUCGGCCGCCUGGAUCGACGGCUUCUCUCUUAUCAUCACACGUUAA